AUGUGGACGGCGGCUGAGAAUAGCCGACUCGUGUCUCAGGCUCCAAGAUUUGGACGUAACUGGGAAACCAUAUCGGCCACACUGUUUGGCGGAAAGUAUUCAUCGCGUGAGUGCCGUACUCAGUUCGAAUUUCUGACCGAAAAGCCGUGGACGCAAGAGGAGGAUCUCAAACUCGUGGAACUUAAAAACCAAUGGUAUCCUCUGUGGGGCAACGUGAGCCGUAUCCUUAACACUGGACGUACAGCUAUUUCGUGUGAGAAGCGGUACAACGAAUUGAUGGCUCAGGAAGGCCCCUAG